AUGCAGAAUAAUUUACAAAAAGAUACAACAUUUACAAAAAUAUUUGUUGGAGGUUUACCAUAUCAUACAACAGAUGAAACAUUACGAGCUUUUUUUUCUAAAUUUGGUGAAAUUGAAGAAGCUGUUGUUAUUACUGAUCGAAGUACAGGAAAAUCACGUGGUUAUGGAUUUGUAACAAUGGCAAGAAGAGAAGGAGCAGAAGAAGCUGUUAAAGAACCAAAUCCAACUAUUGAUGGACGUCGUGCUAAUGUUAAUUUAGCUUAUUUAGGUGCUAAAAAUCGAACGACAACUUUACCAUUCAAUUAUAGUCUAAUCGCUCGUAUGCCUACAUAUCAAUCAACAGCUGCUGCUUAUCCUUCAAAUGUUGUGUAUUAUCCAUUAGCACAACAAUCAACUCUUCAACAACCUGUUUAUUUAACACCAACAACGGCUACAACAGCAACAACAUGGCCAACAAAUUUAUUUUCACAAUUUAAUCUUGCAAACCUAUCAGCUGGAACAAAUUCAAAUACAAAUGUAUCAACAACAUUAAAUACAACAAAUACAACAUCACCACAAACAAUAUAUGAAGUACCAACAGCUCUAUUUGAAUCAACAUCAUCAACAAAUGGACAACAAUUAUAUUGGCCGAGUUAUAGUUAA